UUUCAUUUUCAGUCGACAAAAUGAAGUGGACGCUGACGCUGUUAAUAAUCUGUCUGGCAUCGGACCUAGUCAGCUCUGAGACAAAUUUGCCACCUGUCUUUACACAAACACUCAACAAUAUUGUGCUGUACGAGAAUAAGCCAGUGGGCUCAGUGGUCUUUCGAUUAAAGGGCUACGAUCCUGAGGAGAGCAAUGUCACAUUUGGCUCCAUUGGCUCCGAUCAUUUCAGCGUGGAUCCAAUUUCUGGAAAUAUAACACUGAUUAAGCCAUUGGAUCGCGAGGAAACGGAUAGCUUGACAUUUUUGGUAUCGAUCAGAGAUCGUGUGGAYCCAAACGGCGAAUCCGARCAGGACAAUGUGGUGGAACAACCUAUUACAUUCAUCAUACUGGAUGAGAAUGAUAAUCCGCCAGAGUUUCAAAAUACCCCCUAUGAAGCGGACGUUAAUGAAGAUGCGGCUGUUGGCACCACAAUAUUUGACAAAAUAUUGGUCAAGGAUCGCGACACAAUCGGUGACAGCCUUGAUCUCAAAUGUGUUCCACAGCAGCAAAGUCCUGAAGCGUGCAGCAAAUUCCAUUUGCAAUUGCUAACCCGGGAGCCGACUAUCCUAACGGCUGCUGUGGUGCUCAACGAUACCUUGAACUACAACCAGCGCAUGAUCUAUCAUUUCCAAAUCGAGGCAAGCGAUGGAGUGCACAAAACCCAAACCACUUUUGAGGCACGCGUCAAGGAUGUGCAGGAUAAGCCGCCAGUGUUUCAGCGAUCCCUUUCAACAGUCAUCGACGAGGACAGUCCCAUCAACACUUUGGUGCUCACCGUUCAGGCUCGUGAUGGUGACAAGGGCGAACCACGGAAAAUUGUCUACGAUUUGCUGAGCAAUCCCAAUGAUUACUUUCUGCUGGACGCAAACAGUGGCGAACUUCGCACCGCGAAGCCCUUAGAUCGUGAGGCACUGACAGAUUCUACUGGUUUGAUUUCACUGGUGGUACGGGCCCGCGAGGUGGUGAAUGAUGUGCCUAGUGAUGACCCCUUGACCAGUGCCACAGCCAGAGCUACAGUGACCAUACGUGAUGUGAAUGACUCUCCACCCAAAUUUAAUAAGAAGGAAUACGAUGUGUCGCUGCUCGAAAACACCCCGGAGGGUACUCCACUGGCCCUGGACAUGAGUGUCAGUGAUGCCGAUGUGGGCAUCAACUCGAAGUUUGCGCUGCGCUUAGAGGAUGUGUCCGGGGUGUUCGACGUGGAGCCUAAGCUAGUCACUGGCUACUCGCAGGUAAACAUACGUGUUGCCAAUGGGACUCUGGACUACGAGAAUCCCAAUCAGCGGAAGUUCAUAGUGUUGGUAAUUGCGGAGGAGACGGAAACGAAUCCCAAGCUAUCCUCCACAGCAACCAUAACUGUAAGUGUGCUGGAUGCUAAUGACAACAAGCCGAGCUUCGAGCAGGAGAGCUACUCGGCCACAGUCUCCGAGGCAGCCCUACCCGGACAGUACAUAACUACGAUUACCGCCAAGGAUGUGGACUCGAGCAGUUUCGGWGAUGCAGGGAUACGCUACAGCCUCUCCGGCACUGGCGCCGAGCUGUUCCAUGUCAAUGAGCAAACGGGCGUCAUUACCCUGGGCGAUUGCCAGAGCGAAAGCAACAGGCGCCAGCGACGUGACCUCCAUGAGAAUGACAGCGAUGGUCACGCACUCGAAAUGCUUUCCAUGGAGGCGGAACACAGCCUCGACCAGCGACAGAUUAACACAGAGCCCACCGUGCAAUACACGUUAAUCACGCAGGCGCCGUUGCAGUCGGAGACAGCAGCAACAGCAGCAGAAGCAGCAGAAGCGGGAACAGCGGCAACAUCAGCGGUAGCGGCGGCAGCUGCUAAUGAUGACAAAGCCGCCAGCAGCAAGGCGCCGGCGACGUGUCUGGACUAUGAAACGGAGACCACGUACUUCUUGUCAUACAAGGCCACCGACGACAAUGGACAAGGUCAGACCUCUGUGGUCUCCCUGCGGAUAUCAGUGAGCGAUGCCAAUGACUCACCGCCCGUAUGUGAGAGCCCCCUCUACAGGGCAAGUGUGGAUGAGGGCUCCCUGGUCUUUGAUUCGCCCCUGGUUGUUAAGGCGCGCGAUGCGGACACAAUGUCCAGCAUUAGCUACCGGAUUAUUGGCUCACCGCAGAUCGAGAGCAUMUUUGACAUUGACAAGCGAAGCGGCCAGAUCAGCAUACGCCCCAAUGCCAGCCUGGAUGUAACGAAUCUGAAGAGCGAGCAGCUCAUAUUUGUGGUCGAAGCCAACGAUGGACUCUUCACGGCCAACUGCGGCGUCAACAUUACAGUGCGCGAUGUCAACAACCAUGUGCCCAACUUCCAGCAGCAAAACUAUAGUGCCGUCGUCGAAGAGAACUCGGAGAUCGGCACCAGCGUUGAGAAACUGCAGGCCACCGAUCUGGAUACGGGCAAGAAUGCGGAGCUACGCUAUCGCAUACAACAGGGCAGYUUCAAUGACUUCGACAUUGAUGAGCGCACUGGCGAGGUGUUUGUCUCCCGCAAACUCGACUACGACAGGCGCAACACAUAUCACCUACAGGUGCAGGCGGCCGAUCUGGGCACGCCCAGUCUCACGGGCACCGCCACAUUGACAAUCAAUGUGCAGAACAGCAACUAUACUCUGUACAUAUUGGCCAGCAUCAAGGCGGAUUUACAUAUAUCUGAAGAGGAGCGCGCCUCGUUUUCGAUCAAGACAUUGAAUCGAGACAAUACAGUCGCUAAGGUAGCUAUCACCGUGCUCGAUGUAAAUGAUAAUGCGCCGGUAUUUGAGAAACCCGUUUAUUAUGCGGGAGUCAAUGCCAAUGCCAAAAUGAAUGCGGCCAUCACGAUGGUAAAUGCUACGGAUGCGGAUCAGGGUAAAAAUGCCAAGAUUGAGUACAUGAUCGUUGCCUCAAAUCUGUACAAAUUCGGUGCCACAAAAUCAACGGGCUCCAUUGUGCCCAGUCCGUUUGCCAUAUCGCAAGAUGGCCGUAUCACAGCGAAUACAAUAAUGGCGGAGUACAACCAAGAUCGGUUUGAGUUGGAGAUUGUGGCUAGAGAACUGGAGCAGCCGCAACGCUCGGCGAACACCAAAGUUAAUAUUUGGGUAUUUGAUGGUACUCAAUUGGUCAGGGUGAUUCUAUCCCGGCCACCAGAGGAAGUCUAUCAGGAGCAGGAAGAGAUCAUAGCCGAGUUACGCAAUGCUACGCAGCAUCGCAUCAUUGUGGACGAAAUUCGUUUCCAUUUGGACUCUAUUGGGCGUAUUCGCAUGGAUUGGUGCGAUUUGUAUUUCCAUGCCGUGGAUCCGCAGUCACAGCAAAUAGCGCCCGUCGAUGAAAUUCUGAAGGAUAUUGACAGAAACUAUGAUUAUCUCAAGGAUUACUAUGCAGGCUUUGCCAUAGAGAAUGUUGUGCCUGCUUAUAUAGCGAUUGUGCAGGAUGAGUUUGAUUUGGCCGUGGCUGGUCUUGUCGCACUGGUCAUAGUGCUAUUUGUGGGCGUAAUUAGCUUCAUUGUACUCUGCUGCUGUCUGAAGCAUUGGAAUCUCUCAGUGCCCGUAGAGACACGUCGCAAGGAGGCCUUGAUCAAAAAGCAAAUUAUCGAGGACUUGAAUACGACGGAGAAUCCGCUCUGGAUUGAACAAAAACUCAAGCUGUAUGAGGAGCAAGAGUUGACCAUGCAAGUAUUUUCGGAGCCUGAUCACAUAUCUAACUCAGAUGCUCCAGGUCAUUUAGAUCAUCGCAGUUCCCUGGAACAGGUGCAUCAUGGCCAGUCGGUGGACAACACGUAUGCCACCAUCCAGCCACGCAACAAUCAGAAUCGCCUGACUGCCGGCUCUGGUGGCAACGGUGGUGGUGGCUCCAUUUCCAUGCGAAGCGGUGGUGCAGCCAGUGGCGGUGGGAUUGGCGGUGCUGGCCUGCUUCUAACACGUAUUGAUCCGCAUGGCAAUGAUUUUGCGGACUAUGCAACGCUUCGCAAUAAUCGAGCUCCUUCUAUGUACGAGUUCACGGGCUCCACAUUCCAGGCACCAAUACGGGAUGGUGACGACGCCGUAGCCGAGCUUAUUUAAGCAGUUCAAUCUGCAGCUAAAAUCUGAAUUGUAAAUGUUGUAGUAGCUAACUAUAUAGAGAACCCGUAGAUACGAUUUAGUUCAAUUCAUAUAAUUUUUGCAUUUUCCGAGUUAGCCGUUGCGUAAAUAUAACUUUAUAUAAGUGCAUAUACAGACACUAUCAUAUACACAAUUAUAUUCAUAUACAUAUAUAUAUAGCGUAGUGGUAUGUAAUAUGCUAACGAAUAUUUCAAGCUCAACUAAUCAAGAAACAAAAUGAAACUUUAUAAUACUAACGUAUUAAAGUGUGUAAACGGCUACAAACUAAACCCCAUAGUGGAAUUUCUCCCGCAUAAAUAAUGACAAUAAUAUAUAUGAACAAACCGCACAUAUAUAUAUACAUGCAUAUAAAUAUAUACCUAUAUAUAUCUACUGAAAAUAUGGAUGUCUAGCGUAAUAUGUAAGCGUUAGUUAUGGUUAAUAUAAUUGAUUUACUCGACUUGAAUAACGCCGCGAUAUUAGUUUAAACGCGAACUCACUUUUAUGUAUUACUAAGUUAUACCAUUUAGAAAAAGACUAAAUUAUUUGCUCUUCCAAUUCGUAUUACGUUAGUUUCGGUCUUUAACUAUUAGUCCUUAAGUUCAUAGUUUAAUUAGCCGCGCUUGCUCAUACACAUAAGUUAAAUAUAUUUAGUUCAAGAUAUUAUUAUAAAAAUACAUAGAAGACGUUUGUGCAACAUCAACUGUUCUAUGGAGUCCAUGAGAACAGAGUCAUAACUCAUUUGUUUGCAUUUACAGUAUGAAUACGAUAUAAUAAACAAUCAAAUAAAC